AUGAGAGUUUUUGCUUUCGCCUUUGCUGGCGUCAUGAGCCAGGAUCCUAUGCCGUCGCUCCCUCCAUUGCCUACUGAUCCGACUCCGGUGCCGACAAUGUCUUCCACAACAACAACGACUCCGGCGGACAAAGUAACCAGGGAAGAGAGAUGCGGAAACUUACCUUAUCAUUUCCAAAAUGGCCCGGAACCGACUGGAAAAGAUCUUUGUCCUUCGUAUUCGUGUUAUUCUUGCUGCGACGACGCGAAAGUUUCCACCGAGUUCAACAAAUUCAAAAAUGUUGAUGGAAAAUUGACCAAGUACGGCAUCUUCGACUUCUCCGGCUGCGACGCCCAAGGAAACAAAGUCCAAAAUGCCGGAAUGAGUUCUACAUGCCAGGCGUAUGUGCAGAGCAAUUUCUGCACCUCCCAGUGCUCUCCCAAUAUUUACGCUUUCCAGAGGAAUCAAAGCGAAAGGGUUCAAAUCCAAGCAUGCCGGGCAUUCUGCCAGUCCUUCCUCGAAGCUUGCCAGAAUGAUUACAUUUGCUUCAAUCCUGAAGGCCUUGGUGAAUAUCUCAAUGAUCUGUACUACAACGGCGGAGUUGUCGAUGGAAAAGAUUAUUUGAUUACCCGUUGUGAAAAAGACUAUGACUGUAUCAAGAUUUCCGAAAGUUUCAUCGCCAACAAACCAGAUUUGGGCGCAAUUCCGGAUGGUCCGCUCAAGCAAAAGCUCAAAGAAAAAUUUGAUGAAGUGCCAAAAGAACCCAGCUCAGCCCGAUUUUGCGAUAAAUUUACCAGUGGACUUUUCCGAGAAAGUAAUGAUGAUAAUAUUUGCGUCGAUCCUCGACAAGAAACUUCAAUCAUCAAAUUCAUCAAGGAUGUCAAAGAACCUGCAUACAACAAGGCUCAUCCUGACGCACCAGUGAACUUCCCUGUCUCUGAGCCUUGCCCAACUGGACUGUCAACCGGAGCUAUUGUUGGAAUCGUCAUCGGUUGUCUCGUCGGAGUUGGACUCAUUGCUGGACUUGUCUACUACUUCGUUGCUGGAAAAGGUGGCAAUGAUGACGGCAAUGGCGAUUACAAUCCUGGAAAGCAAUCAUCAGGAAGCAUGGUUAGCGAAAGCACUCGCCAGAAUGAAGAUCAAACUGAAAUGACACCAACACAAGCUGUCUAA